ACAGCCAGCAAGAGUACUUGUACUGCUAACCACUAGGGUUCCGAUUGGAAGCGUGCUGCGGGAAAAUGGCGUGCACCAUAGAUUUUAGAUUCCUCGACGAAGGUUUCGGCGGUAAAACCUACAAGCGGAAGCGAGCAGAGAAAGAAUCCGGCGUUCGAUCGGAGGAGGAGGUGGGAGAAGAUGGAAACUCCACCGCCAUGGAAGUGGAAAACGCCGUCCCUCCGUCAAAAAGGCAGGCCGUCGCGUCUUCCGAUGAUCCGAAUAAGCCUGUUUACGGAAAGCCGACGUACGACGGCGUGAUAGCGGGUAGGGUUUCCGGGAGGAAGUGGAAGCAGGUACGGACGCACAGGUCUUCGGCGUUGCACGUGCGGAAGGGGAUCCCGCUGGAGCAGAGGGUGAGGGAGAAGGAGAUUAAGAAGGCGUACAAGGAGAGGAUGAACGAGCUGAAGGAGGAGAUAAGGAAGAACAAGGUGGAGAAGCGGCAGAAGAGGGAGGAGAGGGAGAAGAAGAAGAAGGAGAAUAUCCUCAAGUCCGGCACCAAGUUCCAGAAGAUCACUAAUCCCAGCACUCUUAAGAAAAUUGCCAAAUCUGCCAAGCACAAGAAGCUCCUCCGGGUUGUUUCUGAUGAUGUUGUUAAUGGAAGCAAGAAGAAGAAGAAGUAACUUAGCCUGCUACCUGCAGACUGAACAUCUUUUUUGCCAAUACAACUCUUCUUCUAUUAUGUUUUCAUUUGAGGUAUGUAUCCAAAUCAAUGAAUGUUUGCUAUCCUUAUUAAAUUCAAUGACUUUAACCAAGUCUUGAUUCGUGUUACUGCUUUUUUGUUUCAAUGAAAGGAUUGUUUGUUCAAUGUCUUGUUUCUAAUUGCUUAGCAUUAGUCACUUGGCUUUUAAGCUUUUUGCUAUAAUCAGAAUUUGGGGUC